ACUCGAGGCAUUCGCGCAGUAAUCACAGUCGGAGGACGUUUCUGACCACUCGUCUCCUCGUACUUUUCGCGUUUUCGUAAUAAAUAGAAGCGAAACUGUAGGUGUGGUGAAGCAGUGUGUCGUGCCGCGAAUCCGUGCGCGAUCCAAGGCAUUCCGAGUGACAGUUUCAGAUAGUCUUGAAAAGGGUGUGGGCCACGACGCCAGAAGAAACAUUAGUGGGACAGUUCAGAAUCCGAGUGCUCAGAGGCUGAAGACUCAAAUGAGUUAGGGGCCACAGUCAGCCCCGAGAUCUGCGCGAUGGACACUGUGGACAGUGCCAGCAAACGGUCUGGAAGCCAUAGCGGCCAGAAGGUUGUUCCAGCUACUCGAGUCUUCAAGAAAUCCAGUCAGAAUGGAAAGAUCACGGUGUACCUUGCUAAAAGAGAUUUCGUCGAUCACAUAACCCACGUUGAUCCCAUCGACGGGGUCGUGCUGAUUGACCCGAACUACGUGAAGGAUCGCAAGGUCUUCGGCCACGUUCUGGCCGCCUUCAAGUAUGGCAGAGAGGAUCUGGACGUUCUGGGUCUAACCUUUCGCAAGGACCUUUUCCUGGCCGCCGAUCAGAUAUACCCAGUGGUAUCUGGCUCACAGCGUCGGGAAUUGACUCGAUUGCAAGAGAGGCUCAUCAAGAAGCUAGGGAAUAAUGCUUAUCCUUUCUACUUCGAACUACCGCCACAUUGUCCUGCCUCGGUCACGCUGCAACCGGCGCCUGGCGACACUGGAAAACCAUGCGGUGUCGACUACGAAUUGAAGGCGUUCGUAGGUGAGACGCAGGACGACAAACCUCACAAACGGGACUCCGUUAGACUAGCGAUACGGAAGAUCAUGUACGCGCCAUCGAAGCAAGGUGAACAACCGUCCGUCGAAGUGAGCAAAGAGUUCGUGAUGUCGCCGAACAAGCUGUUCCUGGAGGUGUCCCUCGACAAGCAGCUGUACCAUCACGGUGAGAAUAUCGCUGUGAACGUGCACAUCGCGAACAAUAGCAACCGGACAGUGAAAAAGAUCAAAGUGUCCGUGAGGCAGUUCGCGGACAUUUGUUUGUUCUCCACCGCGCAGUACAAGUGUACGGUCGCUGAGGCAGAGAGCGAGGAAGGGUGCCCGGUGGGGCCAGGUUUCACGCUGAGCAAAGUGUUCUCUCUGACACCGCUUCUCGCCAACAACAGAUAUAAAUGGGGUCUUGCCCUCGAUGGCCAGAUCAGAGACGGGGACACCAAUCUGGCGUCCAGCACCCUCGUGGUGGAUCCCUCGCAACGUGAGAACCUGGGAAUUAUCGUUCAGUACAAGGUGAAAGUGAAACUUUGCCUCGGUGCACUCGGAGGAGAACUGGCGGCGGAGCUGCCAUUCACCCUGAUGCACCCGAAACCGGAAGAAGAGGAGCCAGCACCACCCACUGCACCACCGACGCAGAAAGCGGAGAACGAUGAAAUAGCGCUCAACACGAACCUCAUUCAAUUGGACACGGAGGUCGACGGCGACGACGACAUAAUCUUCGAGGACUUUGCCCGCCUAAGGCUGAAGGGCGAAACGGAUGCCUGACCACGUUGUUCGAACAUCGUCAACCUGUACGACACAGCGAAACGUCCGAUAUACGAGAACGUCGUCGCGUCAUCGACGAAAAACGCGAGCCAGUUGAUUCUGUAACCAGUUUCGACGAAGAUGGACCUUUUUUUUGUGGAAAAAAAAAGAAAACGCGAACCACCAAGUGUCGCGUUCGGAAACGACUCGAGCCACAAUGAGAGAAGUCUGCGAGUUAUCGACCGACGAUCAUCGGAACGAUGUUUCUCUUCCUCGAGAUGUAUUUGCUGUCCGAUUUGAAAGGGGACACCUCUGGAAUGGUACUAACUUGCUGCACAGAGAAUCAAGGAUGCACUCUAAGAAGAUUGCGGGAGAACGGAUCGUCAAGGGAUCGCGAAUAACGUUUAUGGGAAUGAUGAAGAAACUUACGAGACAUCAAUGGAUGAAUAAAUACCUAAAUGAUCUUUCGCCGAUGUAUUUAUCGAUCGCUUUGAUCGACGACGGAUACUUUUUUUUUUAUCGGAGACCGAGGUCUCUUUAUCAAGACUAUACUAACAGAUUUUUAAUACAGAUUUGUUUUCUGUAAGCUUAGUCACAUGGCCAGUAUGCAAUGCAGUCAGUAUGUUUCGCGUUGAUUCGCGCUAAAUUCUGUUUGCCGGAAAUAUGUUUCGAGUGCACGUGGGGAGAAAUUUGCGUCCGUUUUUAUCGCACACCGUUGUUUAUUCGAUUUUACCCUUUUGACUCACUAUUUUACGCUUUGGCUAAUAAAAGUUUCAUCGCAAAGCGCUUUGAUCUUCAUAUUUGCAGCAUUUCAUCGUGGUUGAUGUUGGUAAAAGGGGUGCAUUUACAAUUCUCUAAACUUCAAAAUAGUAAUAUAUGGUACAGUGUACCGAUACUGAGUCAGAAGGGUAUUUUAAUGAUUUUAAAAAUAAUUGGUCUAGACUGCUGUUUGUGCAAAAUUAUAUUUACGAAAACUAUCAAAGGGAGACGUCAAAAGUUCCCUUCCUUUACAAAAACAUUUUUUGAUAAGUAAAGCGUAUAUAAAUGUUGAAUUUCUAACAUGGCAAUGCCUACGUCAGAGACUUGGAUGUGAAAUUAAAACUUGUAUAAGGAGUUAGAAAACACGGUGUGUUACAAGAUUAAACGAUUUACCGUUGUAUAAGGAUGUUUGUUUUCUGUGUAAUCGAACGGGAUUUCCUUAAGAAGCAUCGCAACAAAUUCAACGAAUCCUAACCCUUGUGUUAAUAACCAAGAUGUUCACAGUUGUUCUAAGUAUUUUAAAUCUAAUGAAACACGGACAUUAAAAUGUCUAAAGUUAAAAUCUAGAGCGAUUUGAAAGUUUUAAAUUCUCUUUAAUAUUAAUAUUGAAAUGGAUAUCUGAGUACCUGGGUAUUGAUGCAAGGGUCAAAAUGUUACAAGUAUACAAAUAUAUAGAUUUAAAUAUAGAUAUGUAUACACUUAUGUGGAAAAUUUUACUCACUUAACCCUUUCGUUAUGACGUUUCUAUGCAAGUGACAAAAUAAUUAUUUAUUGAACGAUUCAUCGAGUUUUAUUUGGCACAAGUUUUUUCUUUCGAAUUGUUCUCAGGAAAGUUUCAAAUAUUUUACAUCCGACGAUUAUAUAGACUAUAGUCCAUUAUAGCGAAAGGGUUAUCGAAUUAACUCUAGAAAGACAAAACCAUUCAUUCUUCUUUUUAUUUAAUUCCUUUACUGAACCUCUUCUUCAUUACUUCGAAUAAUAAUUAAAAAUUAUUAAUUUUCCUAAACGAAGAAGGCAAUGUAGUUUUAAUAUUUUUUAAUUAAUCGUCUUGGCUCCCUCUUAGUCUUUCUAGGGUUAAAAGGUUUCAAACGAACAUUAGAAUUUCAAGGUUUUAGCUUUUACACGUUUUAUAUCGAGAUCGAGAAGGUAUUUGGAUUUUUUGCGAAUCGAACGAACAAUCUAAUCGUACGAUUUUCUAUUCCUUUUUUUACGCGUCACGUUUUUUACCGAACGAAAUAUAUGUAUAGUGCCAUCCUGACCACACCCCGUCGAGGAUUCUUGUUCCAUUUUUCUGUUUCGAAAAAAAAUAAAUCGUGGACGAAGAUUCAAUUUUAUUAUCGUUCAUCAGACGUAUCGAAGACUGUUUUUCGCGAAAUCGUACCACCAAUUCCUGCGAUAAGCAUCGAUCUCGAAAUCACGAGUUUAUCGUUGGGUCCUUUUGGCGAUUUUUCAUUUCAACGUUCAUCGUUGAUUCUCUUACAAUGAGACGAAUUAAAGAACGAACUUGUCGAAGAAUUCCAAACGCGAUCGAGAGAAUGGAAUCAUUCCAGGUGCACGUGGUUAAUCUGUACUCCUGCGGGAGCUAACGUGGAGUAACAAGUAUUCUUUGAGUCGCAGGAUCAGAGUACAGUGUUUUUAAAUCCAAAACAGCGUAUAAUUGUACUUGCUGGAUUACGUUUUUUAUUGUUACAUCGAGAAAUAAAGAGUUCACAUUAUGGACAUUAAUUAAUACUUCACAUAAUUAUUUUUUUCAAACUUUAUUUCAUUAAAAUUGGUCAGCCAUUUUGUACCAAAUGAAAACUCUGCACAUUUCUGUCUUUAAGCUUUAAAUUGAUGUAGGUGCUACUUUGAAAUACUUUCUUCAAAUAGCCUAGUUUGUCGAGUAUAAAGUUCCAUACAUUAAUAUUUUUAAUUCUCAAAAAUUGUAAAGAAAGUAGUCUUUAAAUUUGGUUUACUUCGAGUAUUGGAUUUAAAAACAUUGUUCCAAGUCUGCAACUUAGGAAGCACAUUCAGUGUGUGUGUAUGUGUGCGUGUGUGUUACGUUAGCACGAUUCGAACAUUAAGGCGUCCGCUGUCAAUUAAUCUAAUUUACUCUGUUCGACGUCGACGGUGUUCACGAGGGCGCCGUGACGACAGCGAGCGCGUUAAUUCUAAUGCAACCUCUGCGUGUCGACGAGUGUAAUUUGCGUGCAAAAUAAAAGGAUAACAAAUAAAGUUAGCGUUCAAAUUCGAUGUCUCAGAUGGCUCAAAACUGAAGAGAUCAAACCUGCUUAUAGCCGUUUUACGUCGUCCAAUCUGUACGAAAAAAUUCUGUUCCCGUAACACGAAGUCAAUUCGAAAAGGUUGAAACGGCAGGUUUAUAAGAUCACUGACUCACAAUUUUAAUAUUAUAUAUAAUUUAGUCAACUAAACGAUGGUAGUUCAUUGAACUUGCACAUCCCUCAACGGCCAUAUAACGAGAGUACAUCAACAGCAAUUAAAAAAGUAUUUUAUCGAAUUGUAUACGAUAUUAAAAUGGCGUGUCGCUUGUUAAUUCUUCAAGUUUGAGCCACAAACACUUUGGCCAGGGCAACGUCGAUCGUGCCCGGCCUUUUGUAAUCGUGCACACGUGUAUGUAUAUAGGAGGCAAGGAGAAAUAGUAUUUUUUAUCGAUUUAGCAUUUACAGAGUGUAUUUAGGAGAGACUACGAUUAUACCAAAGCCAGCAAUCUCUCUCUAUCUCUCUCUCUGUUCAGUGUUUCGCUUCUCGACGAACCGAGGAACACUGUUUACCUCUAGACAAAUUGUUCGGCGAAGCAAUUAUCGAGCCCGUAUUAAGUAAUUGUAAAUGUCGAGUUAAUGUUUCAGCUAUCUAAGAGUAAUUGAAUGUAUCGAUCAUAAGUUUGGGGUCACUGUUCCAAAUUAUCCUCGUUCAUAAUUUUAUGAAGACAAACUUUAUCAUCGGCGAAUGUUGAAUGGAACAUUUUAUUAAGUAUUGAUACUCGCAUCAAUAACUUGAAUUAUUUACGCACAAAGGUCAGUGUUCAGCAUGAAAGUUUCGAGUAAUGGUUUGCAUUCUCGACCCCAAACUUGUGCGCACAACCCUAGAAAAAUGACGAAGGAACGCAGGCUUGUACAAUACGCGCGAGAGUAUAUUUUGUAUCGGAGCGCGCGGGUGCGCGCCAGUAUUUUUUGUAUAAUAUUGAGAAUCAGACAUCACUGUAUUAAACGAGUAGGUACAAGAACAAGGGAUGGAAAGGAUCGUUGCAGUACAGAAAUAAUGGCAAUGCAACGCGUUGCUUCCACAGUCAAUAAACAAGAAAACGGGUAAUAACUACCCGACCUGUGUUAGA